AUGUUUCGAAAGGCGAGCAUUUGGAUAAUCAUGCCGCCCUGGUCGGCAUACUUGCUAGCAGAUUGGGCUGCUAACUUUGCACUGGGACUCACAACCAGCAAACAAUUAGGCCACUUUUUCGGUGGUAAUUCCGCUGAUAAAAAUGAUGACAUUCUGGCAUUUUGGUCUCCUUUUCUUUUGUUGCACCUUGGUGGCCCUGAUACUAUUACUGCUUUUGCUUUGGAGGAUAAUGAGCUGUGGCCGAGGCAUCUGUUUGGGCUAGUAGCGAAAUGCCUGGCUGCAUUCUAUGUCUUCUAUCAAUCGCUACCCGAAAACAAGCUAUGGAUCCCAACAACGCUCAUGUUUGUAGCGGGAGUCAUCAAAUACGUUGAGCGGACGUGGUCACUAUAUCAGGCAAGCAUGAAUUCCUUGCGAGGCUCCAUGAUUCCAGCGCCUGACCCAGAGCCAAACUAUUUCAGGCUAAUGAAAGAAUACACCCACAUGAGAGGUCAAAACCUUCCAAUGUGGAAACAAGUUGAAGAAGAAAGACCGAGAGAAACCAAAUCUGUCAAAAAAGAAGGAGAACCCGAACGGAAAGAAUUGGAGGUGGUUCUCCAGGCUUACCGAUGGUUUGAAAUUUUCAAGGGGCUCUUUGCUUGUCUCUUAUUGACCAACCGUGUGCGCAUGCAAAGCCGAGAUUUCUUCCUCAAAAGAAGUGUAGAAGAUGCUUUUGAAGUGGUAGGGGUUGAACUCAGUUUCAUGUAUGAAGUCCUCUACACCAAGGUCAGUGUGGUACGUAGUAGAUUAGGAUACGUUCGCCGGUUCAUUUCCAUUGCUUCAGUGAUCGUCGCCCUUAAUCUCUUCUAUUCCUAA